CGUUGCAUGGACGAUACGUGCAGUGCAGCCAGUCUUCACUUGUGUUGUCGUUUAUUCUUCACCUGCCCAUGUGUGUUACUCUGUGUUUUAAAGCCCUUUGACGUGAGGAGUCGGACACAGGUUCAGUGCGGUUUGCGGAAACAACAAACCCAGGAGGAUGUGUCACAUGUAGGACCGCUCGCUUACGACUUUUGAGCAAGCUGCUAGCUACUUUUAGCUUUGUAACGCUAGCUAUUAACCUCACUAAAUACUUGUUAGUUAGUAGGAUAAGUUUAAAUAGCUCUUGCUGUUUUGUUAUUUGCCAACGGAAACAUUCGACUUGGAAACUUAUAAUACUAAGUUGUAAUCAGGUCACAGAAGUUAUAGGAAGAGGUCGGCGGACCUGCUGACCUUCCGUGACAGCUGGGUGUGUGUCUCCAUGAAUGGACGGUAUCUACACCCGACCAGAAGACUGACAGGAUCCGGAAUGUCUGCUGCCUAACAGCAGCACCGAACAGGACCCUCAUUCAACGUUUCCAGCUGGACUGUUAGUUGAGUUUAUGGUUGUGUGUUCAGUUAGAAGAAUGACUCGCCGCGCUGUGGUGAACCUGGUGUGCCUCGGGAAUCGAGCUGUCACCCUGAUGUACGGAACCUCGCUUCGCCCCCUCCACACUUCGAUAUGUAACACUUCAUCACAGCCCAAAUCUGGAUUCAAACCUGAGAAAGUGGCAGUGGUCACAAAGACUACAAGAUAUGAGUUUGAACAGCAGCGGUAUCGCUACGCAGGGCUGUCUGAGGAGGACUUGAAACAGCUGCUUCGUAUGAAGGGCUCCAGUUACAGCGGCCUGCUGGAAAGACACAACAUCCACACCAGCAAUGUGGAACAUAUUGUGAAGAGUCUGCGGAAAGAAGGCAUUGAGGUGCGAGUGGUGAAGAGAGGAGAAUAUGAUAAAGAAGUGGUGCGAUGGGCAGAUGCCAUUAUCUCUGCUGGAGGUGACGGGACAAUGCUACUUGUUGCCAGUAAGGUUUUAAGCAAGGACAAACCAGUUGUUGGAGUAAACACAGACCCUGAGAGGUCAGAAGGUCAUCUGUGUCUGCCUGUGCGGUACACUCGUGCCUUCCCAGAGGCCCUGGAGAAACUCUGUCGUGGUGAGUUCAGGUGGCUAUGGCGUCAGAGGAUCCGACUGCAUCUAGAGGGCACCGGAAUCAAUCCCACCCCAGUGGACCUACACGAACAACAGCUGAGCCUGGAGCAGCACAACCAAGCCCACCGCAUCACCACCAUGGACAGCCACCGGAGGACAGGAACACUACACGAGAGCUUCUCCAAGCCUAGUCUCCUCCCCAUCAGAAGCCUGAAUGAAAUUUUCAUCGGAGAAUCUCUGUCCUCCAGGGUGAAGUUAAAAUCCUUCAAACCCCAUGUUAAACUCUUGCUCCAUAGGGCUUCCUACUAUGAGAUCUCAGUGGAUGACGGCCCUUGGGAAAAGCAGAAGAGUUCCGGACUCAGCAUUUGCACAGGAACAGGAUCCAAAGCCUGGUCAUAUAAUAUCAACAAACUCACUGAACAAGCUGUGGAGGAGGUUCUAAAAAUUGGAAAGUCUCAAACAGGCCUUGAUAUCCCACUUAAUCGUGAAUUUAUUGAAAAAGUUACUGAUGAAUACAACGAGUCCCUGGUGUUCAGUCCUGAGGACAGACGCUUGUUCUUCAGUGUCAGGGAGCCCAUUGUCAACAGAGUGUUCUCCAGCGGCCGGCAGAGAGGCUUCGCCAGCAAGGUUUGCGUUCGCUCGCGGUGCUGGGAUGCCUGCAUGGUGGUCGACGGCGGGACCUCAUUCGAGUUCAACGACGGCGCCAUCGCAACAAUCAGCAUGAGUGACGAGGAUCAGCUCCGCACUGUGGUUCUGGAAAACUGACAUGAGUGCGGAGCGCUCAAGACUCGACUGGUUUCUCUCAAGCCAACAGUGUUCAAAGGGAUGUGGUUAAAGGGAAGUACCAGCUUUUAGCCUCCACAGGUGUUGAAGAUUUUUAUACCUGACAAAAAGGUAUCAAUGUUACUUUUUUUUUUUUAAUUGUGGAUUGUGCAUUUUUCCAAAUCAAUUAUUUUUCUUUCUUAUUAAUCUCCAUCCCACUAUCCCCAGGAUACAACAGGUUAUAAUCAGCUCUGCAGAUGCUAUUAAGUGUCUUUCACUGCAUCAAAUCAACAGUGAAUCUGUCAGCAGAGGCAGAAAUGAAAUAUCAGGUAUAAGGAUGGCUUCUGUUAAUAGAAAGCACAUUCAUUGUUGUAAAUAUGUUUCCUUUUCAGAUUAGAUUUUGGUCCAGUUUUGGUCGCAGCAGUGACUUCCGUCAUUGUGUCAAUAAAAUAGCCUUGAUGAUGAUGAUGAUGAUGAUGCAUGUCUCUUAUGGGGUCAGAUUGAAAACGGACAGAAGAUUUUGAUGUGCUUUCACACCUGUCUGGCUAUCAGUUCAUGACUUUUAAAGAAUAAGGCUGAGGUUAUGCUAUAUUUUCUUAUUGUCAUUGUGUAAAUUCCAGUGUCUCAGUCCAUCUCUCAAUACUGUCUGUGGCAGUUCCAGGCACAUUGGUUUCUACUGAUGGCAUCAAUU